AUGUUAAUGGAGGGCUGGGAGGAGCAUCAGAACCUCCCCCGGACCAGAAAGAUACCUCUUGUUUCUAUUGCAGUCGACGAGAAUUUGCUGGCAGAACUUUGUGUAAAAAUGGUCACAUGGGGAGGUUUGCCAUUUAACUCAUUGGAUCAGCCUGGUUUAAAAGAUCUGCUUCAAAUUCACACAAAUGCCCUAAAACUACCUUUCCGUCGUGUCAUUGAACAAAACAAUGUUAAAGUCCCAGUACUGGACAACGAAACCCGAUGGAAUUCGGGUUUUUUAAUGCUGGACUACUUCGUGAAAAAUGAAGAAUUUCUGCGCGAACUGAUUGAUGGAAACGAUCUUGUCCAGCUAUCGGAGGAAGACUGGCAGUUUUUAAAAGAAUACUGCACUGUAUUUGAACCAGUGUACUGUGCAACAGUUCGAUUGCAGAAUGAAUCGCUAACCAUGGGAGACUUCUUUUUCAUUUGGCUCGACUGUUUGAUGACUGUUGAAGAAAUCGCUAAUAGUCAGAUGGCAAGCACCCUAGUGGCAGCUAUGAAAAAUCGACAGACACUAUUGGUCGAAGGAAAACCAUUCCUAGCUGCUCUGUAUCUGGACCCGCGCAUUAAUUAUGUGCAAUCCGAUUUGAUGUCCGACGAACAAAAAAAAAUCGGACUUCAACAUCUGCUACAGCUUUGGUCAAAGAUGAGAACGCGUGAAUCGCAUGGUGGCGAGCUCAGUAGUGUACCAUCAUCGCGCCAGUCGUGA